CACGUUUUAAGAUUACUCGGAACCAAUGUGCGGUGCAUCAAAAGUCUUAAAGUUCAGUUGCAUUUGCGCUUUUAUAGCCUUUUUGUUUUCCAAUUAGCGCAACAACAUUUAUUUAAGCAACAAUCCUAUUUAUUUUAUCAAAUAAGGUACAGUUAAGUAAAUGUACAGGAUUAACAAUGGAGGACAAUAUUCUAACUCAAGAAAUGAAAAGACAUGCGGUUAUCGUUGCUUUACACGCAGAGCACAGCGAUCUUGAAAUAAGCACAUUUUUGAAAGUCGCCCGAUCAUUCGUUUAUAAAGUUCGUCAAGAGUUGCAAUCUUCUGGUGGGAAUGUGAAAAGCACUGGAAAGCGUAAAAAGCACGAACAACGUUCAGAUUGUGUGAAAACACCAAAAUUUAUUGAACAAGUUCAGGAUACUGUUGACCUGGACCCUUCCAAGUCCAUGAGGGCCGUCGCUAGGGACCUCAACGUUUCUGAGGGUUUAAUCCGGAAAAUUGUCCACGAAGACCUCCGGUACAAAUCUUAUGUGAUGCGUAGGGGUCAGUUUAUGUCAGCACAAACUCAGGAUCAGCGAUUAAUUCGUGCAAAACGACUUUUGAACAAAUUAAAACAUCCUGACUGUCCGGAUGACCACGUUACUCCACACUUGUGGCCACCUAGCUCACCGGAUCUUAAUCCUUUGGAUUACUACGUAUGGGGCGUACUUGAAAGGGACACCAAUAAGUACCCUCACAACACGGUUGCUUCCCUUCGAACUAGUAUUGCCAAAGCAAUGCCCGAAAUGAAUAAGGAUCAUCUAAUUCGGGCAUGUAAACGUUUCCGAUCGAGAAUUGAAGCUGUAAUUGCAGCGAACGGGGGUUUUAUUGAAUAAUUGUUUAGUUUAAGUAUCAAUUAACUUGCUGUAAAAAUUUGAAUGAAUUACAAUUACUUUUGUUAAAAAUACAAACAAUUUAGUUUUAACA